AUGCAUGGGAAGUACCCAGCAUUGGCCUUGGCAAGUAGUAACACUGGAAGAAAGUUGGCACUGAUCCUUAAGAGCGUGAAGUAUUUCAGUGUUGCUGAGGAGCCCAGUGAUACUCUUACUGCCAUUCCUUUGCCACCUGGUCUCACUGUUUCUCAUCUCAAGUACAUGUUUAAAGCAGAAUCAAGGGCCCCGGGAGGGGGCAGCAGCGGUGGCGGCGGCGCCCCCCGGCGGGAGCCGGUCCCUUUCCCGUCGGGGAGCGCGGGGCCGGGGCCCAGGGGACCCCGGACCACGGAGAGCGGGAAGAGGAUGGACUGCCCGGCCCUCCCCCCCGGAUGGAAGAAGGAGGAAGUGAUCCGAAAAUCUGGGCUCAGUGCCGGCAAGAGCGAUGUCUACUACUUCAGUCCGAGUGGUAAGAAGUUCAGAAGCAAACCUCAGUUGGCCAGGUACCUGGGAAAUACUGUUGACCUCAGCAGUUUUGACUUCAGAACUGGAAAGAUGAUGCCUAGUAAAUUACAGAAGAACAAACAGAGACUGCGGAAUGAUCCUCUCAAUCAAAAUAAGGGUAAACCAGACUUGAAUACAACAUUGCCAAUUAGACAAACAGCAUCAAUUUUCAAACAACCAGUAACCAAAGUCACAAAUCAUCCUAGUAAUAAAGUGAAAUCAGACCCACAACGAAUGAAUGAACAGCCACGUCAGCUUUUCUGGGAGAAGAGGCUACAAGGACUUAGUGCAUCAGAUGUAACAGAACAAAUUAUAAAAACCAUGGAACUCCCUAAAGGUCUUCAAGGAGUUGGUCCAGGUAGUAACGAUGAGACCCUUUUAUCUGCUGUUGCCAGUGCUUUGCACACAAGCUCUGCGCCCAUCACAGGGCAAGUCUCUGCUGCUGUGGAAAAGAACCCUGCUGUUUGGCUUAACACAUCUCAACCCCUCUGCAAAGCUUUUGUUGUCACAGAUGAAGACAUUCGGAAACAGGAAGAACGAGUGCAACAAGUACGUAAGAAAUUGGAAGAAGCACUGAUGGCAGACAUCUUGUCACGAACUGCUGAUACGGAAGAGAUGGAUAUUGAAAUGGACAGUGGAGAUGAAGCUUAAGAAUAUGAUCAGAUAAUAUUCGGCCGACUUUCCCCAAGAGAAAACUCUAGAAUUGAACAAAAAACGUUUCCACUGGGUUUUGCCUAUAAGAAAAAAAUGUACCCGAGCACAUAGAGCUUUUUAAUAGCACUAACCAAUGCCUUUUUAGAUGUAUUUUUGAUGUAUAUAUCUAUUAUUCAAAAAUGAUGUUUAUUUUGAGUCCAAGGACUUAAAAUCAGUCUUUUGUAAUAUCAAGCAGGAUAAGAUGAAGCUGAGCUUUUGAUGCCAGGUGCAAUCUACUGGAAAUGUAGCACUUCCAUGAAAUAUUUGUUCCCCCCAAUUUUCAUAUGAACAGAUUAGGAAUACCAAAUAAAUUCCCAAUGAAAGAUUAUUCUGACUUCACUGUAUAUAAACAGAUUUUUAUACUUUAUUGAAAGAGGACACCUGUACAUUCUUCCAUCAUCACUGUAAAAACAAAUAAAUGAUUAUAUUCACAGACUGAUUGGAAUUCUUUCUGUUGAAGAGCACACACCACAAAUAGUUCCUCCGUAGGGUUCCUGAUUUCCAUUCAGCUGUGAUCCCUGGGCCUUAGAUCUGAAAAGGAGAAAAUGUUCAUCCAUUUGUAACAUGCCUCUGGAUAUUGUGCACAUGGCUGCUUUCGCCAGAAUUCUGUCAUCAUCGGCACAUGUAUUUGUUUGCUCUCACCUGUGACUGGUACUUUUGCUGGUUCUGUAAAAGUAAGGCAUUUCUUCCUUUGGGCAUGAGUAGAUACUCAAGGACCUUUGGAUAUUACUAGAGGUUCGUGCUUAUUGCUUUUUCUAGAACAUUUUACAUCUUCUCUCAUCUACUAGCUUACUAACAGGUACAGGUCAAACCCUUUGCCACAGAAAAACAGCUUCUGGGCAGACUGGCUUAAUGAACCAAAUGGUGAUACUUCCCUAAUUAGUACCUAGACACCCAAGUAUUGACAUCUUUUUUUCCCCUAUUGAAACUUAUAAACAAAAUCAUUUAAAUUCCUUGAUAUCUAAUUACCAAAAAAAAAAAAAGCCUACCAUUAUUAAAUGAGGUUUUUAUAUCAAAACAUUACGUUACCCUGAUACUAAGGCAUGGAGGGAGUGGUUAUCAGCAAAUGUGGGAAAAUAAAGCAAACAUCUUACUUCACAACUCUUAGUUCUUUCAAAAUUGGACCCAGAACUGAUGUGGUUAAGGAUGUGACCAGUUCCUUAUGAGUGUCACCUGUUCCUUUUAUUACCACUACCUCCAAUACCUUUCUAGUUCCAAAGGAAGGGAAAGAAAAUAACAUAAUCAAAGCAAUAUUACUGGCUAGGUUUGGACCUUAUGCCAAAUGACAUAAAUGCCCAUUUCUAAGGAUUCCUGAUUUACAUUCAGCUCAGAUCUCUUGGCCUUAGGCCACAAUUUCCUCAGAGCAGUUCUGAUGGCAGAUGACAGGGACACUUGCUGACUCCGGGGAGGCAGCGGACAGAGGGUACCUGCCCCUCAGACUAUCCCAGUUGGGGUGGCAGGGGAAGUCAGCAUUGAUUUCUUUUUGGAGAAAUAGUAUGAAGAGUUAGAGUGGAUGUGCGAUUCUGUAUUAUAAUCAGGGUGGGGGUAACUUCACCUGGUGAUCAUAUGCUCUUUAUAAAGCAAUCCAACCAAGGUAUCUGUAUCUAUAUAUGCUUUUAUAAACAGCUCUUGUAAAAAAAACCAAAAAACAAUGCACACACAAAUUUGAUUUUUGCUCUUAGGACUUUGCUCAGGUAGAGAACAAGGUGUGAAAGCCAUGGCAGGUUGUCCAGCUGAGGACCAUCCCUUAUGUCCAGGUGUUGCCAACACUUCCACAGGAUGACACGCCCAAAAGGAAACUCAGCACCACGUCCAUCCCCCAACCCACCACCACCUCGCAUUCCCAAAGGCUGAUUAGGUUGCUCAGGCGUGACCCCAGGCGCUGCCCUUCCCUCACCUUCAGCACCCUUCAAUCCAGUUAGGACAAUCAGCGGCCUUUCUGGCCUCAUCUUCUCCUUCAUUCCACAGCCAGGGCCAUUACACGACUUCCUUUCCUCUCUUUUCAGUGGUUAUCUUUUCUCUCUUUCUACUGAUUUUAAGCCUGUUCCCUUUCCCUUCUUCCCUCUCCAACCUUGUCCAACUCCAUGUGGUCAUCAGAAUAAUGAUCCUUUAAAGAGAUGGUGAUCAUAUCAUUUCCCUGCUCAAAAUUCCUCUAUUUGCACAUGCAGUUUAGAAUAAUUUGAAAUGAAAAAAUGCUGUGUUUGAACCCUAGUUUGCUAUUUGUGUGAUGUUUCAGGUUACUUAACAUCUGUGAGUCUGUCUUCCCUCAGUGAAAUAGGAAUGAUAAUACCUACCUCAUAGUGUCGUGAGGAUGCAGUGGGAUUCUGCGUGUACUGUGUUCAGCACAGUGGUUGGCACACAGUGUGUGUUCACGCUGGGGCACAUCAUCCUUCCUGCUCACGGUGUCAGUUUUACUUCACUUUCGGGGCAUUUGCUGAGCUAUCUAUCCUCCUUCUCCUCCCUCCCCCAUAACACUUUAUUUUUUGCUCUACGCCAUUUUUUCCUUUGUAGAAAUCUUAAUCUGUAUGUUUGUUGACUUUUUAUCUAUCUCUCGACUAGAAUGUAAGCUCCUUGAGAGCAAGGAUGUGUCUUGUUCCCUGCUAGAACCUAGCAUUUAGCCUAGUGCCUGGCACAGAGUAAGCACUCAGUAAUUGCUUGUUGAAUACAUGCGAAAAUGACCAAAAGGCUCUCCAUGAUCUGAUACCUGCCUAUUUGUCUAGCUCAUCCUGCCACUCCCAUUGUACCUUCGACUCAAGAAAACAGCAUUCGAAGUACCCUUUGGGUCUCUAUGUCUUUGCACCUGCUGUUCCCUUUGCCUGGAACAACCUUUGCCUGCCUGUCCGGCAAGUUUCCCCAUCAUUGGUUCAGUCUCAGCUCAAUGGCUACCUCCUCUGUGACACUGUCUCUGGUUUCUCCAGGCAGAUGUUCCUUUUCCCUUUUCCAAGUUCUCACUGCACUUUGUAAAUUACCUCUGUGGAUGCACUUUAUUGUAUUGUAAAAGUUUUUGCAUGUCUGUUUCUAUUUUUAGACUGUAAGCACCAUGAAAGCAGAGACUGAUCCUUUCAUCCCAAUGUUCCCAGAGUCUAGCACAGUGCCUGGCAAUACUAGUUUGUCAAUAAAAAUUUAUUAAAUGAGUUUGUGAAUGAACUAAGAGUCUUGCAGUUGAGAAGUGUUGCAAGAUGUAUGUAUUAUUGAGGAAAGGAAUGGCCUGGUGGCCUGUUAUUCUAGAGAGGAGAUCUAGAAAGCAUUAUAUAAUUUCUUUGAAUAAUUUAUUUGAAAUUUUAAAGUACUAUAAGUUGACUAAUGUAGAGCUUCAUAGACGAUUGCAAAAGAUAUAAAAAAAAACUUUGUGAUCUCUCAAAUGCUACCAAGUCCAAAAUCAAUAUUUGCACUAUUAGUAUUUCCAUAGUAAAUGCUAUGCGAAAAUGUACAGCAAUAAAUUUUGAAGCUUUAAAAAUG